AUGCAUCCCUGCUUCCGCCGCCUCUAUGCAGCCAUCCCCGACGCCGCCGCUGUAGCCCGCACAACUUCGACUCCCCGCUCUGUCCGUCUGCGUCGCCUCCGGAUCAAAAAGACCAAGCACCCCAACCUCCCCGUCGAGUCUGACGCGACACCAGAGGGCCUCACCCCGACAGAGCUCGCGCGCUACAACCGUGCGUCUGCGAAGGGCGAGCUGUUGCAGGACAAUGGAGAGAACCUCACCGAGGGCGAGUGGCUCGAGCGGCUGAACGAACGGCGGAGCAGGCUGCGUGGUGUGCGCGAGGUCGUGGACGACACAGGCAAGGCGCAGGAGCAGGUUGUCGGCCAGAAGAUCUACCUCCCCAACAUCAUCAUCCGCCUCGUGCGCAACCACACCCCGCCCGGCCAGCCGUACAAUCCCUACGAGGCAACGUUCCGCCUCCCGCCGUCCAUGACGAAGACCGACCUGCGCUCGUACCUCUCCGCCGUCUACGGCGUCAAGACGACGUACAUCCGCACGGACAACUACCUAUCCCCCCUCACCCGCGAUCUACGCACCGGCUCGUGGACGCGGACUAGGGCGCACAAGACGUACAAGCGCGCCGUCGUCGGGCUCGUCGAGCCGUUCUACUACCCGCUGGCCAUGGAGGACAUGUCCGCGGAGGAGCGCGAGCAGAGGGAGGACUGGCUUGAGCAGCACUUCCAGAUCAAAGAAAAAGCGGCAUUGACGAGGAUCGAGAUGCUUCGCCUGCAGAAGGGCCCCGUGCACAAGCUCGGUGCCCCGACCAGCAGGGCAGACAUUCUGCACCACCUCGCAGAGAGGAGGGCAGUACGCGAGCGUGCCGUCGAGCAGGCGAAGGUGGAGAUGCAGACCGAGAGACAGGUCGAGAGACAGGUUGAGGAGGCUGCGCCUACAGCAUGA